CGGCGCUCGUGAUAGCAAUAACUGUCGUCUGAGGCGGGUGCUUUAGUGUUAAUUAGCUAGUUAAAAUGGAGGAUCGUUUUGCUUUUCUUGCUGAGUGGUAUGAUCCUGCAGCGGGUCUUCUGCGGCGCUACCAGCUCUUCUUCUACCCCAAAGAUGGCUCUGUGGAAAUGUUUGACGUGAAGAACCAGCGGAUAUUUCUGAGACGGACCAAAUACGAUGACCUCCACCAGGAGGACUUGUUUGUGGGAAACCGAGUGAACGUGUUCUCGCGGCAGCUAAAUCUGAUAGAUUAUGGAGAUCAGUACACGGCAAACAAACUGGGCAGCAAAAAGGAAAGAACUCUGGCUUUGAUAAAACCAGAUGUGGUCACCAAGAUGGGAGAUGUGAUUGACUUGAUUUACUCGUCCAGCCUCAUUGUGACCAAAGCCAAAAUGACGACGCUGACGUGGAGCCAAGCGGCAGACUUUUAUGUGGAACAUCAGUCGAAGCCUUUCUUCAAUAACCUGGUGCAGUUUGCAUCCUCGGGCCCCGUGGUUGCCAUGGAGCUGAUGGGCGACGAGGCCGUGUCUACCUGGAGGAGGCUCCUGGGACCCGCAGACUCGGCGGCGGCACGGAAGGAGGCGCCGCAGAGCAUCCGCGCGCAGUUCGGGACGGACGUGGUCAAAAAUGUCGGCCACGGUUCCGAGUCGCUCUCCGCAGCAGCCAGAGAGCUGGAGUUCUUUUUUCCUUCCACAAUCGGCCACGGUCCCCCCAACACGGCCACGUUCACAGACUGCACAUGUUGCAUCAUCAAGCCUCACGCCUUAUCAGAAGGUCUGGCGGGGAAGAUUCUCAACUCCAUAUCUGCAGCUGGCUUUGAGAUCUCAGCUCUUGAAAUGUUCAACGUGGACCGGGCCAACGCAGAGGAGUUCUUUGAAGUGUACAAAGGUGUUGUCACAGAGUACCAUAGUAUGGUGACAGAGCUGUGCUCCGGACCCUGUAUGGUUCUAGAGAUCCACGGCACAGACGCACCCAGAACCUUCAGGGAGUUCUGUGGGCCGGCUGAUCCAGAAAUUGCCCGACAUCUCCGUCCAAACACCCUGCGAGCUCUUUACGGCAAAGACAAAGUGAGAAACGCCGUCCACUGCACAGACCUCCCUGAAGACGGUGUCCUGGAGGUGCAGUAUUUCUUCAAGAUCCUGGAUGGAUGAAAGCAAAYGGAUCGUGGUUUAGGUUAAACUCAAAGACUUGACGUGUCUCAGUUUUCUGUUUAUUGUUUCAACCUUAUGCAGAUUAAAUAAAGUGACAAGAGCGGA